CGGGUAAGUGUAUGGAGACCUUUCUUCGUAUUGACCGGUUUGGCCGAACUUGUCAAAUUUCCAAGCUGCUGGAUUGAUUCAAAAUGGAGCUCCAUGCCGUAUUGAGAAUAGUUUUCUACACACUCUUGGUCGUAACCUCUACAGUUGGUAUUGCCUUUGUGGUGUUUGCGGGACUCUUGUACCGCUUCAACAGGAAAUAUGGACAUUUGCCUUGCCCAAGACCGACAAGUUUCGUCACUGGUAAUUUGUCUCACGUUAACGCUAUUAGAAAGAAAUUAGAAUUUUCUCUGCUGGCACUCCUGUACCAAUGGUCGAGGGAACUUGGACCAGUCUAUUGUAUACGAUUUAUCUUACGACCAAUGGUAAUAUGCUCCAGUCCUAAAACGGUGAAGGAUGUUUGCCUUGACAGCCGGCAUCUCAAACCUCAUCUUACCUAUGAUUUCUUCUACUCUGUCUUUGGCGAGAGAUUCAUGGGCAAUGGACUGGUUUCACAAACUGAUCACGAGAAAUGGCAUAGCCGUCGAGCUUUGCUGAACCCUGCCUUUAAUCGCAAAUAUCUGAUGCAAAUGAUGGAUCUUUUCAACGACAGUGCGACACGUUUGCGUGAUCACCUAGUCCCCCUUGCUGACGGCAAAACUCUAAUUAGAAUGUUAGAUCAUUUCAACAAUGUCACCUUGGAUGUUAUUGCUAAGGUCGGAUUUAACAUGGAUACAAACGCAGUGGAGACACCCGAUUGUCCAUUCCCAUCGGCUGUGUCACUCGCUCUUGAAGCGAUGGAUGUUAUAUUUAAAAACCCACUGAUCAUGGUGGAUGCUCGCAGCAAGGCUCGUGAUUAUCGCCGCUCGGUGCGCAACGCCAUUAAACUGGUACGAAGAUAUGGCCAGGAAUGCAUUGAAAAGAGAAGAGAGGCAAAGAAGAGGGGCGAAGAGUUGCCUAAGGACAUCCUGACAUGUAUUCUGAAAUUGGAAGAUGAUCUUGGGAAUGGUCGGAAUAUUGAAAUUGCAGAACUGCUCGACGAGCUUGGAACGUUUUUUGUGGCAGGUCAAGAAACAACGAGCAAUCUUCUCGCAUUUACCAUACUUGAGCUCGGGAGACAUGAAGGAGUGGCUAAGAGGUUAAAAGAAGAAGUUGAUGAAGUCAUUGGGAAUAAACCAGUUAUUGAGUACUCAGACCUCCCCAAAUUGGAAUAUAUGUCUCGGGUCAUUAAAGAAACACUGCGCCUUAACCCUCCAGUUACUGGAACAAUGCGGGCUCUAGCUUGUGACGUAAAUAGUUGUGGUUAUGUCAUUCCAAAAGGAUCACCUACAGUUUUCAGUACUUACCUGACGUCACGAAUGGAAGAAUAUUUUGACGACCCUCUCCUUUUCAACCCCGAUAGAUUUAUUCCAAGUGAUGAACUUCCACGACACCUCUUUGCCUACUUUCCUUUCUCUAUUGGUCAACGGAAUUGUAUCGGACAGCAAUUAGCUCUGAUCGAAUCAAAAGUGAUCCUGGCAAAGCUGCUGCAGAGCUUCGAUUUUAGAUUGGAACAGUCCCAACGCCACAUCAUCCUGGCGAAUGUCUCCAAUAAACCUUUGGACAGAUGUAUGACUUACAUCAGCCUUCGAGACUAAACUCGGCGUUUAGUUUCCUUUACGCAAUAUCCCAAACCUGGGGGCCGUUUUAUAAAGCUGUUCGUAAAAGUUACGAGCGACUUCAAGAACCACUGGUGAUCCUUCCUUGUGGUAAAUGAUAUACAGCAAAAAGCUAAUUUGCGAUGGUUUAGCGCGUGAGAAAGGAUCACCAGUCGUUCUUGAAGUCACUCUUAACUUGCGAACAGCUUGGUGUGUGAUUCGUGAAGUUGUUCGUAAAGUUACACACUACUUGACGCACGACUGGAACAUAUUAUUAUAGGCAAAGUUAUAUUGGUGCUAAGUCAGCUCUAUUAUCAUCUACCUGAAGAAUGGGUCAUUAGUCAGUUGUAGAGUCAUCGUAACUUACGAACAGCUUUUAACACUCAACAGGCACGUAUGAAAUGCCAUCACUUAGAGAACCUUAAAUAGAAUAGCAUAUUUAUUUAAAAUUCAAAAUAUUAUUCAUAUAUCUCCUAGCCAUAUCUAAGGAAACGGCAAGAUUGAAGCACUGAACAUAUUGCAUACUAUUGGUCCAUUCUAAUGCUCCCUAUUACACACCGGAUGGCAGUGAAAAUAACCGAUCAUAAUUUGGGUUUUUUUUUACAAAAAAAUCUGAAUAAAAUGAAUUCUCAAAACUGAAAUGAAGCACCGGAUGUAGACACUUAAAUAAAAGGAUGAGGCUUUAAUUCAAUAUACUUCCGAACCCUAGUCAUAAAUCUCUAAUUGACCUUUAAUGAUCAAUUUGAUAUGGCUACAUCCCUGCAAUAAAUCAUUUGGAAACUAUGGUGUCGUGGAUUGCACUCGAUUGCACUUAUUCAACUUGACACUGGAAUGACCUGUGUGUUAUAAAUUCACGGAAUGGUCGCCAAAUUUGAAAUCAACUUGUAAUUAAAUCGAUAAACAUGCCUUUGUGGCUACCAUUUGAGGCCAUAUCGUGAAAUAAACAGUGAUCCAGGUGUUGUUUCACAGACAGAGACGGCCUGAUGGGAAGAAUUAUCAUUGAAUAUACUAACAAUUGCAGGCAAUGAUAGCAAAUUUCCUCUAGACUAUUAGUUAGACUUACAAUGUGAUUUACAAUUCGAAUAUUUCAAACAUGGCUAUGGUAAUCGGUUACACUUCGUAAUUCCGAAGGUUCGUUAUUCCGAAGGUUCUUUAUUCCGAAGGUUCGUAAUUCCGAAACACGUAAAUUGCCUAUACCUCGAUGUUCGUUAAUCCGAAAACGUAAUAGGGUUCGUUAAUCCGAACAUUUGUGGCGUUAUUCCGAAGGUUCGUUAUUCCGAAGGUUCGAUAAUCCGAAAACGGAAUAAGGUUCGUUGUUCCGAAGGUUCGUUAAUCCGAAAACAAAAUAAGGUUCGUUGUUCCGAAGGUUCGUUAGUCCGAAAACGAAAUAAGGUUCGUUAAUCAUUUCGUUUUCGGACUAACGAACCUUCGGAAUUUCGAACCUCAUUUCGUUUUCGGAUUAACGAACCUUCGGAAUUACGAACCUCAUUUCGUUUUCGGCCUAACGAACCUUCGGAAUUACGAACCUUCGGAAUAACGAAGCUUCGGAAUUACGAAUGUAUGCGAUGGUAAUCAAUACAUGUCAUGUGCGCACAUUUCAUUUUGACUAUUACAUGUAUUAGGGUUGAUUUAUUAUUAUUAUUAUUAUUUGUUUUGGCGUCACCUGUGCCUGGGAAGAGAAAAGCGAACUGAAUCACUAUGACCCGCAGGUCUCUCCUCCCGAUAUAACUGAUUGGGGGAAUGCAGGUGGACCACUACACCGGGGUUUCCCCCUACUCUUAUACGAAUAGUGCAGUGGGUUCUUAACGUGCAAAGGUGGUUACUCUCCUCUACACGGGGCCUCCAUUAACGUCCUAUCCGAGGGACGGAGUGUUUUCCAUUGUAACAUAGCCUGCAUCUAUGAAACAUGGGAUUUAAUUGCUCUAUUCUUGUUUCUUAUUCAGAUUCGAAUGUUUUCAACCUGAUUGACUUCUCGAAUAUCAUGUAUUAAUUCGUCUUUCAUAAUUACCUAGAUUAUUGCCCCUCUCUAAUGAAUUCGAGUUCCCUUGCGCCAACACAUCUAUGUGUUUUUAUUAUUGUUUAUACGUCUUUUCAGUUCAUGUAUAUGUGGAACACUUUUUAAUCGGAACAAGUUUCGUUUGGGCCAUCCCUGGUUAGUAAUUGUGGAACUUCAAUCGCCAAUAUGUCGUAUAUUCUUUCCCUAAAUCAAACAAAUGAAUAAACAACUAUUUUAUUUUUUUUUCUUCAUUUUUUCAUUCAAAUACAUCAUUAUUCUUUCCUAAUUCAAAUACUGUUCGAGAGAAAAUAGAUCUUACAUGUUUUAUAUAAAUUAAUAAAUAAAUAAGGUAAUUAUUUUGUUUCA